GCGUGCAGGCAUGGGCAACUGCCAGGCGGCGGACGCGGCGGCGGUGGUGAUCCAGCACCCGAGCAGCGGCCGCACGGAGCUGGCCUACUGGUCGCUCCCUGCCGGGGAGGUCAUGGCCGCCAACCCGGGCCACUACGUCGCCGCCGUGAUCACCGCCCCGCACACUGCGUCCUCCGAGGGGGCCGCCGCCGCCGCCGCCCCGCCCGUCAAGCACCUCAAGCUGCUCCGCCCCGACGACACCCUCCUGCUCGGCCGCGUCUACCGCCUCGUCAGCUUCGAAGAGGUGCUCAAGGAGUUCGCGACGAAGCGGCACGUCAAGCUCAGCCGCGUCAUGGUCAAGGCCAAGGACGAGGUGGCGACGACGAAGCCGGCCAAGCCCAGGCGCCGGCGUGGCAGCAGCGGCGCCGGCGGCGGCGGCGACUCCGGCGUCCAGCGCGAGGAAUCCCACCGGUCGCUCGCAAAGAUCAUGCGACAGUCGGUGGAGGAGGACAAGGAGGCCGCGGCAACGGCUGGGCCGGCCUCCGGCCCCGUGCCGAAGCCAGGAGCAAACGACGGCAAUGGCGUCGCGGCGUCGGAGCCUGACGUCGUCGACGACGACGACUGCGACCUGGAGUCGCUGCUGCCGCCCGGCGUGGCGCUCGGCCGGCGGCUCGGCCGGCAGUGGCGGCCGGCCCUCCAGAGCAUCGCUGAAGGGCGAGACUGAAGCCUCGUACACGGACGGGUGGUCAUCACUCAUCAGGCGCGCCGUGCGUCUCUCUCUGUGUGUAUGUACUGUAUGUAAAAUUUACUAGUGACGCCGAGAAAGUAUCAGGUGUGUUGCGUAGCUGCGGUAAAAUUUACUAGUGACGCCGAGAAAGUAUCAGGUGUGUUGCGUAGCUGCGGCUCUACCAGAUGCCUAGUGGUAGCAACUGUGCAAGUAUGGGUCACUGGGUGUAGUACAAGUGUGAUCGUGACAGAUGAUAUCACUCCUCUUAGUAGA